GUAUGGAAAAUGGGAUAGUCAAGGUCAUUCUUCAUUUUAUAUCUCUACCAAUCUCCAAAUUUUUAAAAAAAUCAAUUCAGAAAAUAUUACAAAUAUCAGAUUCAGAAAUGUUAAAUUUACCAAAAAGAAGAGGAAAUAUUGGAUUAUUUCGUAUUGUUGAAAAAAUUAAAAUGUCUUAG